AGCGAUUUUGUUCGUCUUCUUCCUCAGUUGUUCGACGCCAGCGACAGCGGGUGUUCGGGAGGCGAUCGGGACCUGACACUCCGCUCCCCUCCGGAAUCGAUGUCCUCGUCUCCUGCUCGGUUUGGUACUUUGGUUGGCGUACGGCGACGUGGAAAGCUCACCCGUAUAGUAGUAGAAUAAUGCAAUGAGAUGGAAUGGCCCUCCUGUCAUCUCCCCCAGUCACAUCUCGACUGAAUUAUUCAAUUCUCAAUGCUGCUGAGCAGCUGCUGUGCCGCCGCCGCCGCCUUCUCCUAAUCCAGCUGCUCCAACCUAGCUCACGUCGCUUCCAACAGACGCCACCAGUCGUCGCCCGCCCUCGCCCUCGUCUCAGUGUCAAAGCAGGAGGCGGCGGUGCCGCGCGCCCCGCCAACCGUUAGCUCCCGAGUCCCGACGGCGCGGCGGAAUCGGGGCUUGGGACUGGGGAGGCGCGAGUCCCCGGGCGCUUACUUCAUGCCUCCAUGGAUCCGGUCGCGGACCCGUCGCCGUCGCGGCGAUCCCUGAAGCGGCGGCCGCCAGCGCGGUCGCCGGAGCUGUCGCCCAAGGCGGGUCCGGGGGCAAGGGAGGCGGCGGCGGCGGAGGAGCUGAUCCGUAGGGUGGAGGAGCUGGAGGCAGCGGCGGCGCGGCUGCGCGGGGAGAAGGAGGCCGCGGAGGACGCCGCGCGGGGGCUGCGGCAGGAGCUCGACGCCGAGCGGGCCUCCGCGGAGACGGCGGCCAGCGAGGCCAUGCUCAUGAUCGAGCGCCUGCAGCGGGAGAAGGCCGCCGCGCAGAUGGAGGCCCGCCAGUUCAAGCGCUACGCCGAGGGCCGCGAAGACAGGGAGCGCGAGGUCCAGGACGAGCUCGCGUCGCUCUCCGACCUCGCCGCCUCCUACCACUCCCGCCUCCAGUCCCACGGCAUCGACCCGGACUCCUUCACCGACGAGGACGAUGAGGAAUCAUACGAGGAGGUGGGCGCCGAAGACGUGGAGCAGAUCCACAUGGCUGCGCUGGAGGUGAAGCCGAACGCCCGCGAGUCGACCAAUGGCAUGGUGAAAACCAUGGUCGUUGGCAACGAUGGCGAGGAAGAAGUGGAGGACGCCGAGGAGGAGCCGUCGUCCCCAGUGGAGAAGGAAUUCGAGUACACGGUGGACGUUACCUGCGCGAGCACAACGAAACCAGCUACAUCUGUGGUUGCAGAGUAUGUGGGGGACGGGAACUCGGGGGGAUUGUAUGCAAGGGUCGAGGCGCUGGAGGCGGACAGGGUAGCGCUGCGGAGGGAGAUUUCCGUGCUGCGGGCCGAGAGGGCACAGCUGGUGAUGGCCAGGGAGAUGGCGCGGCGGCUCUGCUGGGAGAUGGUUGCUGAGCAGAGAGCCAUCGUGAAGAAAGCAGUAGUCCCUGCGAGCAGUUUCUCAGUACUCGGGAUUUGCAAGUGGGUGCUAUCAACACUGUUCUGGAGAAACGGAAGGUCUACAGCCAAGUAUACCUUUGGUCUGUCGACUACGUUCCUUGGCCUCCUGCUGCUUCUCGACAGAUCCACGUUGUUGAGUCCCUGGCGGCGUCUGCCAAGGCCACAAAGAUGACUAAGGCCUUCUCCAUACCAGCAGGCAGCAGCCAAAUGCUCGUAAAUCCAUAGAUUUAAACAGUUGAGCUUUAUUGUGCAUGUGUAUUGGUUCUUUGGUGUUUCUUUUUUCCUUUUGCCACGUACAGUAAUUGGAGCUGUACGUUUCGGUUGUGAAGCUUUGAGGUGCUGUAUAGUGUGUUAUUCAGACUACUAGGCUUGAAUAGCCUGUAAUUUGGGGCUAACUGGCAUGCUCUGUAUAGUGUGUAUAUCAUCGUAAGUUGUGGAA